AUGCAUCCAACUACAGCAUACGUAUCAGCUUUUCAAUGUGGGAACUCACUUCAUUCGGUCAUUUCUGCAGCGAGAUUACUAAAACUGCGAACAGGUGAGUUUAGCUUUCGUAAAGGUAGCACAACAACGAAAGAAGAGAAAUCGCAUGUGAUCAGUCCGUUUUCACCAGAAGCGAGAGUACCACUACCUUGUGAACUGAACGAACAAACGCUCACUAAUGACUUCAGUAAUUUUGGAACAUCCGUAUGGAAGAGGAACGAACGUGAACGAUAUCGUGUACGAUGUGUGAACGAUGGUUAUGAGCGUCUCCGUGAUCAUCUGCCAUUAAACGACAACUACCAUCGCAUAAGUAAGGUUGACACACUUCGACUCGCCAUUCGUUAUAUUCGCCAUUUGGAAGCUGUUUUAUAUAACGAUGAUCAUUGGACCAAAUGCGACUGCUUUGAUACGUUCAAAGUGGAUGGUGAAGAGAAUAUAGAAGUGAAUCGAAGAUCAAAAGGUAGAAAACGACGAUACGAUGAUGAAUGA